UCCGGAAAGAGAACUCGCAUCAGCUGGUAAGGAGCUUUAUGAUGCAUCGUUACUAUUACAAUUCAGACUUGGCUUCGUCUCAGAAUCGAUUCAAUUGACGGUAACCCCCUUAUAAAGCCGAAUUAGCCGUGACGUGACUCUCCAGCCAAAAUACAAAGGCUCCGAAUAUUUAUUCUGGUCGCAAAACAUGUCGGCGCAGCCUACGUCACCUAGUUCGUCCGAUGUGGCUGCCGAUCAGCCCAAGGAUCGCGACGAAUCCCUGUCGGUUGAUGCUGAACCGAAGUCUCAAGAUGUCAAUCAGGAGAAAUCCGUCGAGCACAAGUCUCUGGACAAGACAAAUAGCGCUGCGCUAGAAUCUCCGAAAUCUUCUCAAUCAUCUCAAUCGCAAGAAUCCGGCGAGGCUUCGCCUAUCCCAUCUGCUGACUCUGCAGCUGCCGAGUCUAGCGCUCCACCGCUACCCAACGAACCACCACCAGCGACCGAGGAUGACGGCUGGGACUUCCAUUGGGAUGCGACAAGCCAAGCAUACUUUUUUCACAACAGAUAUACCAACCAGACUACUUGGGAAAAUCCCCGAUUAGCAACAGAAGCCUCGACAGCGCAAUCGGAAAUCACCGCCUCCAGCGCCCCCGAACCUCCGAAAAACGAGAAACCACCCGCUGGAGGCUACAACCCUGCCAUACACGGCGACUACGACCCGAAUGCGUGGUACGCGCAGACAGACGAGAAGAAAUCCGAUCAAGAUGCAGUCGCGGUAGACCCGUCGGCGGCGUACGCGUCUAUGGGCACAUUCAAUCGGUUCACGGGUGGCUGGCAGGCCGCGGAGCAGACCACGGAACGGUAUAACGACGAGGCGAAGUCGCGGCGGCAGAUGAACGCCUUCUUCGACGUCGACGCCGCGGCUAAUUCGCACGACGGCCGCAGCUUGAAGGCAGAGCGGUCGGGCAAGAAGCCGACGAAGGCCGAGCUCAAGCAGUUCAAGGAGAAGCGUCGAGCGAAGAAGGAGGAGAAGCGGCGGGCGUGGUUGAGAGACUAGCAUAACCUAGUCACUACAUGCCUGGGUACCUACCUUCGCUGGCAGUAGGACCACGUGUUUGAUGGAAGAGGGGAAACCGGUAGAC